UGUGAACGCGAGCCGGGGAGAGACAGCAGCGCGCGCGCCCGCGUCACUGCUGUUCGCUCGUGGGGGAAACCGACAAGCUGAAAACGGCUCGCGGACACAAUGGACUCGGCAGCGGACGGACUUUAACGCACCGGACCUUUGAUGAACACGAAAACACGAAGGGGUAAAGGGAGGAGGAUAUGCCGUUUCAACUACUCUUCGCCAUCAUUUGAUUAAUCAUGAUGAAGACUGAACCCCCAUCUGCAUCCAGCGGCACCACAGGCACCCCACUCGGAGCUCGGAGCGCAUCGCCACACAGGAAUGCUUACGAGGCAGGAAUCCAGUCACUUAAACCAGUCAAAGACCCUGAUGCUGCAAAUGGUGAGGAUGGCAAAGAGACAAAGUCAAGACCUACAGGACGGGGUCGCAGGUACGGCUCUAAUGUCCAUCGCAUCAAGAACAUGUUCAUGCAAAUGGGCUCCCCUGGAGAAGAAGAAGAUCCAUCAAAGAUGAAAGACCAGACAGUGCGACUUUCCUUGCCAAGAGCCAGCAGUCUUAAUGAAAACGUAGACCACAGUGCACUUCUCAAGCUAGGCGGAACCGUUUCUGAGCGAGUGAAUCGCUUUGAUAUAAAGCCUGAUGGCGGAGGUGGCCAUGGACCUUCUUCUGGCUACUCUAAGCUGCAGGAGACACGUAAGAUUUUCGAGCAGCGCCACCUGCAAGAGAAGCAGGCUGCCACCAACCGCAUCCUCCUGAAAAAGGAGCGUGCUUCAGGAUUCUCGGACAGCCGUCUGGAUGUGGUUGUACGAUUCAACGGCAGCACAGAAGCCCUAGACAGAUUGGACAUGGACGGAGGGCCCGUUGAAGCAGUGUCACCCACUGUCAGCCAGCUGAGUGCCGUGUUUGAGAAGGCAGAAAUGCGUAACAAUCUCCAUCGGCCGCCUUCAACCUCAAUUAUGCCCUCUCGCCCUAAAAUCAUUCCUAAGAAGGUGAAAUCAUUCCCUCAAGCAGGCAGCCAAGAAAAUGAAUCGCAGUCUAGGGAACAAGAAGGAGCCCAUAGAAGUCCAAGAAGAACAGGAUCCCAAGCUAACUCAACAAGCACCAAGCCAUCAGCAGAUGAAGCGUCUGUUUUGUCUGCAGAGCCAAACGCUAAGGAACUUCAAGACUCCACAGGAACUAAUACAGAGGAUGAGUGCAAACCUGGAGAGCAGGACGAUGCUAGCAACCAGGAAGUAGGCAGCCGAUUGGUCCAUGCAGAAGUUCACGCUUCCCUUGAGAAUGGGGAGGCUGAAAACAGUUAUGAGGCUGCUGAGCAGAGAGAUGAGCGCAGGCUGAACCAAGGAGACAGUGCCACUCACGACGAGGAGGCGGCGGAAGAUGAGCCCCUGAAGGAGGAUUAUUCAGAAGCUGACCUGAUAGACAUCAGUGCCUAUAGUGGUAUAGGUGAGGACUCUGGUGGGAGUCAGCUUGAUGAGGAUGAAGAGGCUGACGAUGAUGAAACUUACGAACCGGAAUCUAGUUGCACAGAGGUAGCAGGACUGCCAGCAGAGGAUGAUCCUCCAGGCAGUAGGAAGAUCCGUUUCAGCACUGGGCCUAUUAAGGUGUUCACCACAUACUCCAAUGAGGAUUAUGACCGGCGUAACGAUGACGUUGAUCCAAUGGCAGCCUCGGCUGAGUAUGAGCUGGAGAAGAGAGUGGAGAGGCUGGACCUUUUCCCUGUAGAACUGGAAAAAGAUGGUGAUGGGUUGGGAAUCAGUAUCAUUGGAAUGGGUGCCGGGGCAGACAUGGGCCUGGAGAAACUCGGAAUCUUCGUCAAGACUGUGACGGAGGGAGGUGCGGCUCACCGUGAUGGAAGGAUCCAGGUGAAUGACCUGAUAGUCGAGGUGGACGGCACAAGUCUGGUGGGUGUGACGCAGAAUUUUGCAGCAUCUGUCCUGAGAAACACCACUGGCACUGUCAAGUUUAUCAUUGGCCGAGAGAAGCCGGGUGAACAGAGUGAGGUAGCGCAGCUGAUCCAGCAGACAUUGGAGCAGGAACGCUGGCAGAGGGAGAUGAUGGAGCAGCGCUACAACCAGUACAUGGAGGAGGAUGAAGAGGGCGGUGAAUACGGCACAGAUGAGGAUGAGGAGAUGAGCCCCAUGUUCCCCAAUGCCAUCGAAGUGUUUGACCUGGCUGAGAGUGAGGACAUGCUCUCACCAGUGGAGAUGGAUCCCGAGAAACUCACCCAUAAGUUUAAAGAGCUUCAGAUCAAGCAUGCUGUGACCCAGGCUGAGAUCCAGCAGCUGAAAAGAAAGCUGGCUCAUGCCGAGCAGGAAAAGCUGCGUUGGAGGAUGGAGAAGGCCCAGCUGGAGCAGACCGUGCGAGAGACGAAAGAACGCAUGGAGAAGCUCGAGGGCUACUGGAUGGAGGCCCAGAGCUUGUGUCAGGCAGUGGACGAGCAUCUUAAAGAGACACAGGCACAGUACCAGACACUGGAGCGCAAGUACAGCAAAGCCAAACGCCUCAUCAAAGAGUACCAGCAGAAAGAAAUUGAGUAUCUGAAGAGGGAGACAGCACAGAGACGUGCGCAGGAGGAAUCAGAGGUCGGCCACAAGGAGGAGACAGACAGUCUGCAGGAGAAGAUCACCGACUUAGAAACGAAGGUGGGUGCACUCAAGAGCUCGGAGCCCUCCUAAACCUGCCCAGGAACUAUAGAGAAUGAGGGAGAGAGCAGGAGCAAAGUCUUUCAGCCCUGGCCAUCCCUCCUUCCUGCAUGUUUUCCCCUGUGGCAUGCAACAAUGGACAACCAAAUAAACUGAAAGAAAGUUUGAAAGGGAUGUUACUGGGGGAAAAGGGGUGUGGCCGAGAAAUCAUAAAAUCCUGCCAGAUGUGUGGCACUGACCUGCUCACCUCUAGUCUUCAUGACACCCCAUGUAAUCUACGAAUUUUUUUGUUGCUUUCAAAAAGUAUUUGAUUUACUUUUCCUUUUUUUUAAUGGCCCUAUAAAACAUAUUGGCAACUCACAGCACAUUCAAGUGACACCCACCAUCUGGACCUGGUGCCAAGCAAACUGAAAAAAAAGAACUUUUUUUUUAUUAUUAUUUGCGUCAUUUCUGCAAAAGGAGUUGAUGGUGUUUGUAUAUAUUCUCCAAUGUAUUUAAGAUGCUUAAGCAAUGAGCUGUAGGGCACCAGAGGAAAAUAAGGAGUGGAGGGGCAUUGCGAGGGAUGGGGAGGGUUAUGCCAGGGUGCUGAUGGGUAUAAGUUAAAGCAAACAUAACAGAUUUUUCCUAGUUCUAGACUGGCACAGAUGGGGUCGUGUUCUUUGUUCAUGUUUUUUUUUUUCGUUGAGCAAAAUGGCAAACAGGGUGUGAGACUCAUGUAAGUUGAUCUUUUGAUGUACCUUCUAGACUUACAUUUCACACUUUGCAUUCUUCUAGACAGUAUUACUGGAAGUGUGUAGUGGACCUCUGAAUCACUGUCUCCUGCAUUUCCCUCUCAUGCAUCUAUCAGUGAAAGAAUGAGAAAGAGAAGCCGUAUAACAUCAGGCCUUUUGUGGUUAAUUCUACCAUUCUUUUAUAUAUAUAUAUAUAUAUAUAUAUAUAUAUAUAUAUAUAUAUAUAUAUAUAUAUAUAUAUAUAUAUAUAAUGUCUGCUCACAGCAGAAAUACAACAGUGAGGCUUCAUCAUCACAUUUUUAAGUUGUUAGUUUUCCAGGCAAAAUUUUAUUCUUCACAGAUCUAGAAUUCCAAACAAAUGCCCUGCUCUAAUAUUGAGCUAUUUAUCUCAAAGCACAUGAUUCGGUAGCUACGCAUCACUCUGUAAAAGGAAAGGCGUGUAGUUCAGAGAGGGAGGAAUGUAAACCCGGACCUGCUGAUAGGCUCCUGAGUUCCAGGAGUUAAACAUUGUUAGAUCAGAAGGAACUCUCUUCUCAGUGUAAUGAUAACCAAUACUUUGCAUUCUUUUCGCUUUUGUAGAUGUGUUCAUGGUGAGCAGCUUCUUUUUUUUCCUUACUUGACCUCAAGGCAGAUUUUUACUAUUGCAUUCAGUCAAACAUUAUAAAUUUGUGGAAACUGGAAUAUAGACCGAGUUAAAUACAGCUUUUAGUUAGGCAACUGGCCUUUAAUCUGAUUUUGGACCCGCCUCCACAGCUGAGAUCACAGCUCAGUCGUAGCAUUAAAGGAUAAUUCUGGUAUUUUUAAACAAAUAUGUGUUUAUAACAGUAAGGCAACACGGCCAGGUGGCAGACUCCAGACAAUUUCAUGUGUUAAGGCACCAUUUAGUCUUUUUUUGUGGAAGAAAAAGUGUCUGGGUGACCAUCAACCUGCAGUUACUUUAAACUGAAGGCAUCUACUUUAAAUCUGAUGUAAAUCUUUUAGGACUGGUGGGGCGUCUGCUGGAGAUAUUCUCUCUGUUCGCAAUAAGAAAGAAACUCUGCUGUCGGUAUAUGUUUAUUCAAAAAUUUUCAUUAAAAUGUAUUGAGCAUUGAUUCUGAAGAGACAGUAUUAGUUUGAGCAGAGCAAAUGCAUUAGCGUGUAGUUUUCCAUGGCUUUCUCAUGUAUGUAAUUUAAUUCAAUCCCAUUGCUUCCACUUUGCUAUGUUUUGUAAUAAUAUAAAUGUCUCUUACAAUGCAGUAUUGAAAGCAGCAUCUGGGGUUUUAUCCGAACUUUUAACAGAUAUUUUAGUGAUUACGAUUAUUACUCAGCAACAAAAUAUAAUGGGCUUCGUCAUUGUCAGUAGAAUAUAAAUAGAGUUUUUAAAGUGUGGAAAUAGAUCUUCAUUCACUCGCUCUGAAUACAAUCUUAAGUCUGUGCACAUAUGCAAGAAGAAUUGUAACAGAGCACACUGCGCUAGUCCAGGGUCUGUGUGUAUCAAGCGUCCCAGCUCAGCCAUGUAGAGUUUUGUUCAUCAACACGACGACUCAUCGUGAAACAACACUUUUUCUCUUGAGAGGUUUGAUACAUGAACACAAUCCCUGAACUACCUCAGGUCCAUUUUUUCCCAUUUGUCUAUUUUCCCCUCCUUGUUCUUUUGAGUAUUUUUUUGCAUAGUCAAAAUAGAACACCAUUCAGAACUGGAAAACAAUUGUGUAAUUGUGUGAAACAGUUUCGACAUGCUACAGUGGGGUUCAUUUGAUGACAGUCAGCAUGUUGUAAGCUUGUCUCUGCUCCAGCUGUGCAUCUGUGCCAGUACACCCCAUAUGAUCCACUCAGGUUAAAUGAGUAUCACGUACACAGACCUAUUCCGGAGAACACGCGACUCGUUUUUGUCACAUCGCAGGAGGACACUGAUGAAUUCCAUUAUUUUUCUGGCACAAGAAUUCUUUCAGUGUUCAAUGUAUCGCUGAUGUUACUGAAUCAGCGCAACCGAACUGUGUCCCAGAGCAUGAAAGCUGUAUCCGGAUCAGCGUUCGCCUUUUGAUAAAUGUGUUUGCUGUAACAGGAACUGAUCCUCAAUCAGAACUCCUGGAGGAUGGGCCAGUAAAGAUUUGAACACCAUCAGGAUGAAACACAGCAGGACAAGCUUCAUGCUGAGUGAUUAUCAGAGCACUGAAACACUAGUCAAACAUUCAAUACGUACAUUCCAUUCAACUUGCUUUUUUUUGCGGAUGCUGUAGCCUUCAAAAAGGUUCACUUUGCUUCUGUGUACAGAGAGGAACUCAUUCCUCAUACUGAUGUAAGGGUGUUACUCAUUUUAAUGUGAACUAAAACUUGACUCCAUUCCUUCACCAUUGAGGUUUUUUUUUUUAUUGCUUUGAGCUGCAAUCAUUUAAAUAAGAAAGAAAAAAAAAUACAAUGCUCCAUUCGAAAAGGAGCAUCAUGUUCAUCUUGCAUAAUUUACUGUCAUUAACAAUAAAUGCAAAAAAAUGUGUUCAAUAA